ACAGUAAACAUCAGACAUAUGUUUGUUAGGAAUGUACAUAGACAAUUGGCAGCAGUCCGCUGUCCCCCUGGAGUUAGGCUACUUCAAAUAAGUGCCGCAUCUUCUGCACGAAGAAUUAUAUCUAAUAGGACUAGACUUACAAAAGAAAUAAGUCCAGAAGAAGUAAGACAGUUUCAACAACAACAACAACAACAACAGCAGCAGCAGCAGCAGCAACAACAACAAUAUGACAAUGCAUACCAACAACAUACAUACAGUCCGUACUCAUUUACACUUCCUAAGAAUACCAACGGGAUAAUUACCCCUAAAGAUCCCAUAUAUGACAUUCUUAAAGAACCAACUCUUGUAAUUGAGCGUCAAAUUGAGUUUAUGAAUUUGUUUAUUGGAUUUGAACAAGCAAACAAGUACGUCAUUAUGAACACCCAAGGUGAAAGAAUUGGCCACAUGGAAGAAAAAGAUGUGGGAUUGUUCAAGAUUUUAGGAAGGCAGUUUUUCAGAUUACAUCGUCCUUUCACUAUUGAUGUGUUUGACAGGUAUGGACAACUUGCACUUACUAUCAAGAGACCAUUCUCGUUUAUAAACUCGCACAUUAAAGCUUUAUUACCAGGAUAUGAUGUCGACGAUAAGACAAUGUAUGAAGUUGUAGGGGAAAGUGUUCAAAGUUGGCAUUUAUGGAGAAGAAGAUACAAUUUGUUCAAAUUGGAAGAUGAGAAUACCGAAGAAUACAAUCAGUUCGGUGCUGUUGAUGCACCUUUUCUUUCAUUUGAUUUCCCAAUUAGGAACGAACAGGGAGAAGUUGUUGCCAGUGUUGAUAGAAAUUGGGUCGGGUUAGGAAGAGAAUUAUUCACUGAUACUGGGGUAUAUGUCUUGCGUUUUGAUCCAGCAAGUUUUGCCGGAUUAUCUGGGUAUGGUGAAAUUAGUACACAGGGAGUAACACUCGAUCAAAGAGCUGUCAUUCUUUCCUGUUUCACAAGUAUUGAUUUUGAUUACUUUUCAAGACAUAGUAGAACUGGUGGAGGAUUCUUUUCAUUUGGUAGUUACGAAUAAAUGUAUAUAGAUCUAUAGAAAACUAUAAUUGUGAUUUUGCAAUUCGUUGUUGGAUUAAUUGUUGAGUAUGUUUUCUUCCCUUUUUCAACAAUUCUUCCCAUUCUUCAUCUGUCUUGUUCUUGCUUAUAUUCUUUAACAACUCUACGAUGAGUCCAGUGUAAUCGUGUUUUCUCAAUUCAUUCUCGUGUGACCAGACUUCUCGUUUGUGCAAUUGAUGAUGAACUUCAGAUUCAUCACCUAUUGUUCUUGCUUGCUCCAACUUGUUAUUGGUCACAGCCAAUAAAGAAAACCUUAACUCGUUUUCUCCAUGCUUGGCAAUUCUUCUUUGAAUUACACCUGGCAAUUUCUCAAUAAAUUCUUGCUGGGAACUACACUCUUCAUGGAUUAUCGGAUACGAUUUUAAUCCGUCCAAUUCAUAUAUACGUCCCAGUUUGUAAACGUACCCAACAAAAUGAAACAACGAAUCACUUUCAUAAUCUGAUGGUGGCUGCGGUUUAUCCUCAUCGACAAACAUACUUGGUGUAGAAAAGGAAUUAUGUACCGAUCUGAUCAAAUCACUAUUGGAAAUAGUCUCACCAAUCAUAAAACUGUCAAAUCCCGUAACAAACGAUCUGAAAUUGGAUAAUUCUUCACCCAAGUCUAUUCCAUCCACAUUAAAGAGCACAUUCAAUGCGGCCUGGGUGGCACAGGCAUUGUUGAUGGUCUGUUGAGCAAAGAAGAUAUCAUGCUCUAAAUAAUCAUUAUCAUAAGUUCCAUCCAAGGGUUUAUUCCCAUCACUGGCAUAUUGUCUAUAAAGUUUUCCGUAUUUGAAAAGGAAUAUGACUCCAUGUACUGGUUGUAGUGUAGCAAGGGAGUCGGUGUCAAUCACAUAAAGAUCGUUGAAUUCUACAUCUUGAACUCCGAGUUUUUCUACCAAUUCAGUAAAGACUCCUGCAUCGGAAUCAAUUGUGUUCCAACCUCCUUCAGACAUGAUGUGAAGCUU